UCACAGAAGAAAAUUUAUUAAACAACAAAACUAAAUAUCGUUAGGAGUAAAAAGUAAUACAUAAAAACAUAUAGAUAAAUAAAUAAAAAAGUAAACAAAUAAUGAGUGAAGAAGAUUAUCGAAUGAGUUUAGAAAUGUUUAACAAAAAUAUCCCAAAGAAUUUCACUCCUGAAUAUGGUUUAACAACAGCAACAACAACAACAAGCCAUGAAAAAUAUACACACCAAUGGACGACACGGCAUUAUCCGGUUAAAGAAGAACAGGAAAAAGUUAUGGAAGACAUGUUAGAUAUUCACAAUAGUUAUGACAAUCACAAUAGUAGCAACAGUGGUGGGGAAACUGAUGACCCGCUAAAGCAAUAUACCAUACAAUAUGUUGACGAUGAUAAUGAUGACAAUGAUGAUGAUGAUGAUAAUAAUGACCCUUGUUAUAAUGAUGAAGAUAUUUGUAGGGAGAAUAAAGGUUAUAGAACUUUUUUGGUGGCCGAUUAUGUUGAUUAUAAUCAGGAAACUAAUAUGUCGAAAUGUUUAAUAAUAAAUUGUGAAAAACCAAUGAGUGGUAGACGUACGGGAAAUAUUAAAAGGCAUUAUGAGAAGGUACACAAUUUUGUUAUAGUCCAUAAAAAUAAUAAGGAUAAAGAAAAACUAACCGAUGAAACGGCCACACAGCCGGCUUGUAUAACCGUUAAUUUGGAUAAAUAUUUCGAUUAUGAUCCUUUAAUGAAUAAAUCUUAUUGUAAAAUGCCCGGCUGUAAUGCGGCUUUAGUGAGUCGAAAACCCAACAAUAUUAUGCGCCAUUAUAGUUUGGUGCAUAAUUUUAAAAUUGGCGCCGAAGAGGCCGAUAAAGAAGGCAAUAUAUCUGAUGGCUCAAGAGCGUAUAAAGAACCCAUAAACAUUCCCUUGGAAGAUUUAGUGGCUUUAGAUGGGGAUAACAAUUACGCCCAUUGUUUAUUUAUCACUUGCCAGGCUUUAUUAGAAAAAGAUAUAUUAACGGUAGAGAGGCAUUAUAAUGAAGUACAUAAAAUUGUUAUAGCACGUAAUGGACAAAAUGUACCAAAUCGUUUUUAUCGCAAAAGAAUGUAUCGUUAUAUUCACCAACCCUUCGAAAACGAUCAGGAAUAUGUGGAAAAUAAAUUAAGAGAAUAUCUGCAUCAAACGGAUGGGGUAACUAUUAAACAGGAGCAGGAGAACCAACCUCACUGUUCUAAACAAAUAAAUAAGCCUUUAAUACCACUGGGAAAAAUGGGUUUUGGUAAAUUUAUUUCGCAAAACUAUGUGGACUUUGAUCUUGAAAAGAAUGUAUCAAAAUGUUUGAUAAAACACUGUAAACGUUCCAUGAGUGGCUGUUUAGCGGGUAAUAUUAAACGUCAUUAUCUAACCAUGCACAAUUUUGUUAUUUUACAUGGUUCAUGUGUACCCUUCGAAGAAAUUGAAGAAAUGUCCGAUGUUAGGCGAGAACAAAUAGAAGAUCUGGUAGCCUACGAUAAGAAUUCCACUUAUCAGUGUUUAUUUAUGAAUUGUGGUGUUAAUUUGGACGACAAUUUAUACACAAUAAAAAAGCAUUAUUUGGAAAUACAUAAAAUCAUUAUAAUAAGAUAUUCUGAUUAUAUAGUGCAGCGUAAACGUAGAUAUCGGGAACUGCAACAACAGCAGUCAUCGGAAAUGGAAUUUUAUAAUGAAGAGACAACGCCGUUAAGUGACGAGGAUGUAACACAAAAAUUCAUAGAUCAUGAUACUGAAAUGGAAGUGGAAAAAGUUAAUUAUGGUAAAAUGCGUAUAGAAAUGUAUGUUGAUUAUGACCAAGAGAAAAACCUCUCCAAAUGUCUAAUAAAACACUGCAAACGUUCCAUGAGUGGCUGUUUAGUGGGUAAUAUUAAACGUCAUUACCUAACCAUGCAUAAUUUUGUUAUUUUACAUGGUUUACGUUCACCCUUUCAAAUAACAGAUGGUAAAACCUCCACAAAAGUUGAUCUAUUACCAUUUUAUAUGGAAAUUUCCUCGCAACAAUGUUUAUUUAUUAAUUGUAAUCAAACUUUGGAAAAGGAUUUAUAUCUUAUAAGAAAACAUUAUCAUGAAGUGCAUAAAAUAAUUAUAAACAAAGAAUCGAAUAAAUUGUCUAUGCCUACACUAUGUCGGAGAAAAGCAUUACAACCGGCCACCGUUACACACAGAAAUCAAGAAAGUAUUUUGCCCGAUGAAGAGGAAGAAAAUCGUAAUUUAAGUUUAAUGGAACAAAACCUUUAUUCAUCCACCAUACACUCGAUGGUAUUAUCUUUAGGCCGUAGGAGUAUUGGCAAAUUUAAUAUGUCCCAAUAUGUAGACUAUGAUAAAGAGAAAAAUUUGGCCAAAUGUUUAAUAAAACAUUGUAAACGUUCCAUGAGUGGCUGUAUAGUGGGUAACAUCAAAAGGCAUUAUAAGAGAAUGCAUAAUUUUGUUAUACUACAUGGCAUACGUUUGCCGAAUGAAGAAUUUCAAGAAAUUUUCGAUACUUCCGUAAUAGAUGAAUUAGUGGCCUUUGACAUUGCAUCCUCCAGCUUUCAGUGUAUAUUCAAUAAUUGCUCUCAAGUAUUGGAAAAAGAUUUACCCUCGCUUAAAGUACACUAUUGUAAGGUGCAUCAAGUGGCCAUAGCCAAAGAUCCGGAGUGUGAUAUAAAAAGAAAGCUACCGCGUAAAUAUCAUGAACUCUAUGAAACGCCAUUUGAAACUGAAUUUCUAGAGGAAGAAUCGUGUUCUGUAAGAAAUGAAUAUUUAAGUGAGGAAGAUGAUCCAACUGAUUAUUUAGAGGAAUCAAUGAAUUGUCCAAUUAAAAGAGAAUACAUAAGUGAUGGCGAUGAUGAUAGUGGUGGUGAGCAAGAGAAGGCCGAUUCUUGUUUUAAUAUUAAAAAAGCUAAACUAAAUAGUAAAACAAACAUAUUCCCUAUAAUAACUGAAAAUCCCUUGGAAAACAAACAAAUUUCAAAACCCUCAACAGAGAAAAUGUAUAAACCCAUUUUACACCCUACAUCUACUAGUUUAAAAGAAAAUUCUACCACCGUUAAUAUAGAUCUAACUAAAUUAUCAUUUCAUAAUUUAUGUUUGGGUUUGGUAAUAGAACGUGAUAUGCCUUUGCAAUAUUUCGAUGAUGCUAAAUAUUUUAAAACUUUAUUAGCUCCAUACGAGCAGGUAUUUGCUUGUAAUAUCAAUGCUACCAAAAUGCGGAAUAUAAUGCUUAAAGCAAAUCAUAUAGUUGUGGAGGAUUUGAGUAAAAGAUUUUGCAAUAAAAUUGUUUGCUUGGAAUUGUAUGUAUUAAAACGUUUUGGCAUUUAUUAUAUGAUAAUAAAUGUUCGAUUUUUGGCGGAAGAAAUUAUAUGUAAUAAAUUGAUAGGAUCUUUUCCCAUAACAGAAACAACCAAAACUUUACCACUCAAUAAAUAUUUAAACAAGUUCAAUAUUGAUGACCAACAAAUCUAUAUGAAAACCAUUAUGCCUGAAUUCCAUAAUGAAGAGGAAAUCUAUAAUAUAUGUCAUAACAUCUGCAAACAUAAUACUGAUAUAAAAAAUCAUCCUAUAUACGACUUACAAAUUAUAUUCAGUUCUUUUAUCAAAAAAUACUCACACGAUAUUAAAAAUUGGCAAAAACUGAGUGGUAACCAAGAAACCAUUUCGUUAAAUAAGAAUAUGUUGGAAAAUUUAAAAGAAUUUUCCGAAUAUUUGGAGAAAAAUUGUGCCGAAAACAAUGAACAACUGCUGCCAGCUAUACACUUCUUUAAAGCCUUACAAAUCUUUUGGAAUUUUAUGGAUAAACUGAGGGGAGAACAAUAUGUGGCGGGAGAUUUUUAUCGUGAUUUAUUGUGUUGUGAAUUGGGUUUAAAGGGAGAACAUAAUAAAAGUCACAACUUCUAUGCAAAGGAACUUUAUGAGAAGUUUUGUGACUUUAAGAAUAAAAUCUUAGAAUCUCAAGAAUUUGUAGCAGCAUUGUAUUUGGAUGCCAGAUUUAAUUUUUUGGGUACACGUUUAAUAGGAGAUGAUGAACAAAAUAAAGGCAAAUUAUAUCUUUGUGAAAUAUGGGACAAAUAUAAGACCUAUCUACAGUUAAGUGAAAGCCCCGAUAAUACAUUAUCAAAUGCUGAACUAAAUAAUGAGGAAUUUAAUGAUGAUGAAUAUGCUUUGCUGACCCAACAUAUUAAUGAUACAAUGCCCGUUAAAACUAAUGUCAGCAUACAGUAUAAGCUUUCAAAUUUUAUACCCACAAAGAGGCAACCUAUUAGCAUGGAUAUUUUAAAAUAUUGGCAUUCUAAUUGUCAGUCUAUGGAAGAUAUUAAUGAAUUGACAAAAAUAGCUUUUACACAUUCCGCUUCUCAAUUUAUUUUAUUAUAUUUAGAAACGAAUUUCUCUAUACCAUUGUUCCAAGCGGAUGAGGAUAACUUUGAUAAGUUGCUCUUAAAGAGUAAUCAAGAGUUAUUGGAAGAAAAUAUCGCUUUUAUAUUGGAAGAUUUAUAAGAUAAUGCAUUAACUAAUUUAUUUUUUAAAAUAUUUUUUAAAUAAAUGUACAUAUUUAUUUCCA